ACAUAAAUCUAUUUUUGAAGACUUCUCUUAAAACAUGAACAUUAACUCAAUUUCCUCUGUUUUAGGAAUAUGAGAGACAAUAUGACAUCUAUCAUGGAGUUCAUCCUACUAGGGUUUCCCUUCAGCCCAAGGAUUCAGGUGCUUCUCUUUGGGCUCUUCUCCCUGUUCUACACCUUAACCCUGCUGGGUAACGGGGUCAUCCUGGGGCUCAUCUCACUGGACUCCAGACUGCACACCCCCAUGUACUUCUUCCUCUCACACCUGGCCAUCGUCGACAUAGCCUAUGCCUGCAACACAGUGCCCCAGAUGCUGGUGAACCUCCUGAAUCCAGCCAGGCCCAUCUCCUUUGCUGGCUGCAUGAUACAGACCUUUCUCUUUUUGACAUUUGCUGUCACCGAAUGUCUUCUCUUGGUGGUAAUGUCCUAUGAUCGGUAUGUGGCCAUAUGCCACCCACUCCGAUAUUCCGCCAUCAUGAGUUGGAGAGUCUCCGUCACCCUUGCAGUGACUUCCUGGACCAUUGGAGUUCUUCUGUCUUUGGUUCAUCUAGUUUUACUUCUAUCUUUACCCUUUUGUAGACCUCAGAAAAUUAAUCACUUUUUCUGUGAAAUCAUGGCUGUUCUCAAACUUGCCCAUGCAGAUACCCACAUCAAUGAAAUAGUAGUGUUGGCUGGAGCAAUUUCUGUGCUAGUGGGACCCUUCUCAUCAAUUGUAGUCUCAUACAUGUGCAUCCUCGGUGCCAUCCUUAGGAUCCAGUCAGGGGAAGGUCAAAGAAAGGCCUUCUCCACCUGCUCAUCCCACCUCUGUGUGGUUGGACUCUUCUAUGGCACAGCCAUUAUCACAUAUGUUGGGCCUCAGCAUGGGAACCCAAAGGAGCAGAAGAAAUAUCUCCUCUUGUUUCACAGCCUUUGCAAUCCCAUGCUUAAUCCCCUGAUCUAUAGUCUGAGGAACAAAGAAGUGAAGAAUGCCUUAAAGACAGUGCUGAGAAGAGAGAGAGUCUUAUGA